CCACCAUUAUGUUGUUGCUGUUGCAGAUGGUUCGAUUCUAAGCAAUGGCGGCCGUAAUAAGGGAAAUUCGAAGUGUUGAGAAAUGGAAUCAAGAAUGGGAUUGCCUAGAGGAAGAGAUAGCCAACAUAAAGAAAGCUCAGUAUCAAAGGCUUCAGAAGGCAAUGGAUGAAUACAGGUCUGCACAAGAGGCUUUAAAGAAAGGGCUUGAUGGGCAAGAAAAGAAGCUGAAAGCAUUUGCAUUUGCUAUGAGAAAGAUUCAAAGUAAUGAAAGAAAUACUGAGAAAGAGCAGCUUGUAUCGAUGGCAACCAAGAUUAACAAUAUGACUCGAGAUUUUGGUGAUCUUCAGCAAGGUUUACCAAAAAAGCCAGGAUGGUUCCUCAGGGCUUGCUUAGGAUCAAUCAAUGUUUCUCUUUCCUGGGAUAAGUUGCAUUACAAAAACAACUACGAAAAUUUCAAGCUUCGCAUGACUUGGAUCUCAAUGAUGCUAAUACUCUUCAACCUUCUUGUCUUUAAAAAUAGGUUCUUUGAUGCCAUUUUCCACGCUGUCCUUGUUUGGUAUUACAGCUCUUUAACAUUGCAAGAACACAUCUUGAUUGCCAAUGGAUCCAAGAUCAAGGGUUGGUGGGUGCUGCAUCAUUACCUCUCAAUAUUGCUGUCUGGCUUCCUCUUGAUUUGGCCUGAAAGCACGUCAUAUCAGUUGUUUCGGUUGCAGUUUUACUAUUUCUCUCUAUAUCUAAGUUUUGUCCAGUUUCUUCAAUACUAUUACCAAAGUGGCGUCCUUUAUCGCCUUCGAGCUCUUGGUAUCAGUACAACCAUGGACACAACAGUUGAGGGAUUCCGUUGGUGGAUGUUUAGAGGUCUUGGAUUUUUGUUACCAUUCCUAGUUUCCGGAUAUUUAUUUCAACUUUACAAUGCUUACACAUUGUUCACUCUCAGUCAAUCAUCGCAUUGCAAAGAAUGGCAGGUCAUUGCAGUGGCAUUCUUAUUUCUGGUACUCGGCAUCGGCAAUAUGCAUACUUUGAUUCUGGUAAUCAAGCAGAAAGCUGCCAGGACAAAAACAAUCACGCUGCCUUGCGGAUGAAAGAAUUAUUAGUCUGUUUGCUUCAUUCCAGAAACCUUGUGUAUUGAAAAACACAGAAAAACAUCAUCUCUGAUUACACACUAUUGUGUCAAUCUAAUUGCUCGAUUCAUGUUAAAAUAGCCCCUGUGUAACAAGCCCGGUAAAAGCUGUUCCCUGGGAGAAAUUUCCAGACUGAGGAGUUCCUAUUCGAAUAAUCGAAUCAACUGAUCAUAUUUCCAUUUCCCCCCCUGCCAGCUGAAAUUUUUUAUCCUCAGCCAAUUUUGGAUACCAAUUUUAGCACGAUAUAACAAUGCACGAAGUAUAAGCAAAUCUAUCUAUGACCCCGAUUUACCUAUUUGACCCCUUUUUAUCUGGCCUCGAGCGCUACCAACAUGAUUGCAAAUUUUACCCAUCCCCUGUCAGUCCGAGCAAAAUUCUGCUGUCCCCUGCCAUAUUUACUUGCAAUCCCCCGCGAAAAAGAGGCCUCUCCGAGUAUCUUUGACAGUUGAGUGUUAAACUGUGUAGAAAUUGGAAAUUAUUGAAUUAGGGAAAUUCUUAUUGUUUUAAGUCUAUGAUAAAUGGGGUGCCUUAAAUUCUUAACGUAUUUCUGGGUAACUGUUACAUGAUUUUCUAAUGGUAUUCGAAGACUAAAUCAAAGGAACUGAUUCUGCAGAAACUGAGAACUUUAUAGUGUUGUACUAAUGCAUAGAUUAAAAUACUGAGACAUUCAUUAUAAGUAAAACCCUUUCAAAUGCCAUGAAACUGUUCAAAUUCUUCCAUUAAGAACAUCUAUGAACACUGCCCUCUCCACACAUACCUGUACGUCUAAUGUUGUCUUACUCCUGUAUGAUUUUCGUUCGUUCAAUGUAUGUACGUACGUUCAAUGUACGUUCAUUGUAUGUACGUUCAUUCUUGUAUGAUUUUCAUCGGGAAUCAUGAAAGUCUUAUUCACUUUUUUCCUGCCUUGGUAUCUGCUUGAGCUGGUAUGUCAAAUAGUAAUCAAUUGUGACCAGCGGUAC